UUUUUUUUAAAUCUGGCAUCUCUGGUACCCAGACAACUUGAAAACAAUCAAAGCAAAAGGGGUGACGAAUCGUUUGUAACCAAUCGUUUAAUUGCACAGAUUUUCUAUAAUAAUUUUUGAAGACUAAAAUGGCUCGCGGACACCAGAAAAUUCAAUCACAACAAAAAGCACAAGAAAAGGCGGCCAAAUUGAAAAAACAGCAAGGACACGGCUUAAGUGAUCAGAUGAAGGCAGCUCAAAAAGCGUUGGUAUUUUCGUGUGCCAUUUGUAAAUCGCAGAUGCCUGACCCAAAAACCUACAAGCAGCAUUUUGAAAACAAACAUCCCAAGUCAGAACUACCAGCGGAUUUGAAGGACAUUUAAUAGAACCUACUAGCAAACACCGAACGUUUGAGAGAGAGAUACAGAGACACAAAUACCAUCACAGAGAAUUCCACAGGUUUUACAACUAGUUUUAAAUAACGAUUGCUCCAAUUUAUAAUAUAUGCCCGUAUGAGAAUAAUGCCAACCGAACAUUGGUAAACAGAUUAUGGCUUUGAGCAGAUAUAAAUGAGCCUUGGCCGUACCUGACUUACAGAACGCUGGAGGAAGUAGAAGGCGAAUCCAGCAACGCGAGAAUUCAAUAAAAUUAUGAAUGUAUUGGAA